UUUGAGUUGUAAGGCAGUAGAUAACAUCUUUGACGUACCGGGUUAAUUUAUAACCUUUGAAUGAACAUUAUGUGUCACGGAGUUAUGCAGGUGGCUUGGUUGUUUAUGAGUUUGCUUAGUGAAGCUUGUUGCUUGACUUUGAUUAAUUUAUCGUCUUUUGUUUCCAAUCCCACUUUCUUCCUAAUUGCACAAUCUAAAUCUAAGUUGAAAAAUAAUGUCGGUAAUUAAAGAAAAAAGAAUGUUGUGGUAUGAGUUCUGUUUAUGGUUGCUGAAUGUUCGUAUGGUGAAUGUAAUUUGAAAGUGAGUUAUCAUUUAUUUUUAAGGCAGUGACGUAUUGAAGUGAAGUUCUUGUGUACGCACACUUAAAAUGUUUGCUGAAGAGCUGGAUCGUGUUUUCGUUCUGACGUCACGUGACGUGAUUUCUGUUCCAGUCCCACUGUUCCACGUGACUGCCGUAGUUGGCGACGCCGUGUAUCUGCCGUGUGAUAUUACGACGGGCGAAGGGGACGCCGUUCUUCUGGUGCUUUGGUAUCGCGAAGACCUGGGCACUCCCAUCUACAGUGUGGACGCACGCGAACACCAAUUCCGGGCAGCCGAGCGUUGGUCCGAUGAUAAUGUGUUCUCAAAUCGCGCCGACUUCAUGCCAGACAGGCAACCCGCAGAACUUGGUGUUGACAACAUUCGGAAGGAAGACGCUGGCAUCUAUCGCUGUCGGGUAGACUUCAAAAUUGCGCAGACAAGGAAUUCGAAGGUCAACCUCACCGUAAUUGAGACGAGAGAGGACGUCUGGAUAAAUUGAGCAAAGCGGCGAACCUGAAUAAAUUAUGAGUCUACUUCCAUUUGCACGGUUCCAGAUGUUUACAGAGGCCAACAGGAAUUGUUCUUCUCAAGGUCUUUCCAGUCAAAGAACUUGUAUUCCAAUUCUAAAUGUUUCUGACGAAGGUGUGUGACAAGUACUUAAAAUAUAUUUGGAAUUUCCUUAAAAAAAACGUAAAUAUUCCGAGUCUGGGUCAGUUUCCGUGUUGAGACGAGUGAUUAAGAUUAGUCAAUUCAAACGGAUCUCCCAAAAUGGGGUCUUUAUUCCUGAAAACGGAAAAAAUGAGUUUCUGAGUAUAAGGAAACCACACCAAAGAAGCAUAACAAGAAAUCAGUUACAACUCAUCUUUUCGUAUAUUUGCUUACUGAUGUGUGUGUGGAUGGAUGUAUGUAAAUUUCUAUAAAUAAAGAGCCACACAAAUUAUUAAAGAGUCUCUGACAUUUCAUAACAUAUUACAGGCAGAAACGUAUUUUUCUAUUAAUGUGGGGAGGGGUUUCUUUUACCCAUUUCGCUGAUUUUUCUUACUACGAGCCUGUAGUGAGGUUCAUUCUAGUGUUCUUGUCAAUAAUUACAUGAACGGGCAUCAGAAGGGUUAAUAUUUUUAAUGAAAAUUAUAUCUAAAAAAUAUUUAGUUAAAUUUUAAGUUAUCGUAAAUUACCCAUAUAAAUGAUCCGUAAACAUUAGACAGGGUUUUUAAGCAGAGACCGGUCUGUCUGAUGGUCCCUUUCUGUACAGGACAAAGCUCAAAAACCCAAGAAAUAACUAACUAACUAACUAACUAACUAACAAACUAACUAACUAGCUGGCUAACUAGCUGGCCUAGGGACCACGAAGGUUCAACACCGAAUUAACUAACUGACAUAAAGCCAUAUCUGCAUUCCAUAGAAUAAUCAGACAGUGACAUGACCUUUCAUUGUCCGUGAGAAAAUGGGUAGAUUCUGGUGUAAUAUAGUAUACGUGGUUAUUUUUUAGAAACUUUUAUUUCUGCUGUUGGUGACAGUGGGGGACAGGUGGCAUGAUUGGUGCUGUCCGUUCGCUGAUGGCCUGCUGUGCUAGUGUGGUGCGGGGAAUUGCUUGGUUCUGUUUAACUUUGUUCUGUGAAAUGAGUGUGUUUAAUGUGCCUUGAUAUUAUCUAUAAAAUAAUGUGAUAAGGAAUUAAGCAGUGUAGUGAUGUUAGUUGCUUAGAUGAAGUUCAGAAGCGUAUCGAAAUGUGUUACUUGGAAACAAAGGAAAGUUUGAUGUGACACGUUGAAGCUUGGAUGGACCGAUGACGUAACCGUGCGACGUACUGCCAACUCUAUAACCUACUUCUCCGCGUACAGGUAAGGUUUUUAGUGGAUGUAGAAACCUUUAUACUUUUAACCGUAGCUUCAUGCUCUAGCUGCUUUAACUCUACGACCCUACACGUCUCCAGUGCACAUUUAGUAGGAGGCUGGAUGAUCCCUUCAGUUCGUAAAGACGACAGAGAGAAAAACCAUUGCUCUUAUAAAAAAUCCUUUAGCCACCCACAUU